GUCGCCCACAGUGGAUUUUGGCACUGACUUUAUUUAUAAUUUAUCAGCUUGAAGUACAUAUUAGAAAUUUCUUUAUGGCAUGCACCUGCGAGGAAAUGCAUACUCUUUUCAAUGGUAUUUGUUUGAUAUUUCAAUUUUCUUCUCCUUUAAGGAUGGCUGCUCGAAUUAAGCUAGUCUAGAAAAAAGGGAUCGAGAUACUGGAAGGAUACAAACAUUUAUUCCCUGAGGAAACAGGGCAGAGGUGUAUCUUUAAUGACAAGAGGUCACGAGGAAGCAUGGCAGAAUCUCGUCUCUUCCACCACAACAGAAGCUUCACAAACCUGCGCCACACAUAUGACAUUGACGAUACAUUGAAAAAUAAACUGAAAUCCCACGACCUCGACUCUAUCGUGGCCCUGACACAUAUUUCAGAAGAACGCACAAUGUGUUUAACGAGGGAAUUGUCCAUAGGUUACGGGAGUCGAAUCACUGGGGCAAUAAUGGAGCUACAGAAAUGGUCAAGAUCCAUCUCCUGUCUGAGCCUUUAUGAAACAGAUACUAACCACAGUGUCAACGUAUCCAAAAUUGACCACGCCAAGGAUUUUAAGGAAUUCUGCGUCAGACAUGAUGUUAAACCAGAUACUGUUGACGUACUGAGUAAAUAUGAUUGCAACUCACUACCGGCUUUACGACAUUUACCCUCCAGUGAACUGAAUGGGUUACUUUGGGAGUUGUCUGUAGGUCAGAGAGCUGCGGUGACCCAAGGCAUUAGAGUGCUGCGCGAACUCCAACAUUCGAUGUCUCUGCCCAACCUGACGACAUACACACAAGACGAGCCCGGUUCCCAAAAUCGAUGUGAUGAAGACAUGAAACGUAUACACGACCUCAUUCCAAUGGAUCUUUACCAGCAACUUGCAAUGAAAGCAGACUUUGAAGACAUUAAACGUGCAGCUAAAUUUGUCUUGAGCAACAAGGAUGUACAUGGCUGUAACGAUAUAAGGGACUUGUGGGAUGUUCUUAUGAAGAGGGGAUAUAUAAAAAUAGGUGACUAUGACAAACUCAUACAGAUACUCAGAGAUGCUCGGAUGUGUGAAUUAAAGAAUAUCGUUGAAGUUGGUCGAAAUAAAAUACGAAAAAUCUGUGAUAAAGCGAAUACAAACGCCUUCACAAAUAAGAAACCAGUAUUGCCAUUGCAACAGCAGGAAUCUGGACACAUUCUCAAAGCCCUCAGAGAAAAGCCUAGACGUCUACGGAGGAAUUCAAUGAGUAUACCCAGUUGUCACAUUCACAAGGGGACGAAAGCCGUAGACAUACAGAAUGAUCUCACGGACACCUCGUUGUCAAACGUACCCUUGGUCUUCGUAGAAGUUUGAUAGUUACCUUUGUAUUUAUUGUAGGAAACUCAAAUUCAUGCUCAGACAAAUGAGACAAAGCAAAACACAGCGAAUCUGUGGUAAACAAGGAAUAUAAAGGCAGCUUCCACCUUUAUCAAAUUCACUUAAAAUGCGUGAGGCCUGUCAUUGGUUAUUUACAACAAAUUCAGAAACAAAUUACUAUUCAAGUUAUGUUCGGAUACAUAAUGGGUAUGGUUUAUGAUAUAAACAGCAGAAAUAACGGAAGUAUGAUUCUCCAUGGAUUUGUGGCACGUAUAAAAAACAAACUGAUGCCCAAUGGUAAAUCAAAGGUAGAAGAAUUUGUAGGAAGUAAAGAUAACAUCUAUGGUUCAGAAUGCACAACUGCAGGCUGGGAUCCCUGUUAACUCCUGUUCUGAACUGCCCGUCGUAUUUUCGUAAAGCGAAGCCGCAUUUUACAAACCGAUUUGUAUUAAGCUCAAGAUCUAGCUGACUUUCUGGGGAUGGCAUUCCAAGUAG